GAAGAAGAACAAGAAGAAACUCACAGUUAUAAUUCCACCGCCUCCCUUCCCUUCCCUUCGUUGCCUCGUAAAUUCAUUGCACGAUACCAGACCAGAGGAUCGCGAAGUUCACGGGGGAGGGUUCGUGAUAUGCAGCGACUCGUUGACAACGUGCUCGCAGUCACUAAAGAGUCGGUUAAAACGGUUACUUAUGAAUCCUUGAACAAUAUAGUGAGGCUCAUUAAUGGGGUUUCGGCACUCCUACUGACCAUCUUGCCUGGGAAGGCUAAUAUUCUAGAAGGUGUUCAUGGAUGGGAGAUCAGGCCAACUUUUCGCGGACCUCGUUUUCCACGAUGGAUGGAAAAUGGUGUGUCCUCCUUCAAUCAAUUCAUCCAUGAACUCUCUGUGGAUUCUGAUUCGUCUUCAAGCAUUGAUUACUCAUCGGAGGAAGAAUAUAGUGAUGAUGACAACAUAUGUCCUCCUUCUCCAUUGUCUCAAAGCUCGCGUGCUUCAAGAGCUAGUUCUUUCAGCAGAAAUGAUGGGAAAACGAUGGGUUGGAUAAGACUCAUACUUUCAUGCAUUUUGCUACCAGCAAAGACUCUGUUGGCCACAGUAUCUCAUCUUUUCUAUUCUUCCGACUCUAGUAGUGCUAGGGGUUCUUUGUCAACGGAAAGUGAGAAGUCUUCACACAUAAGCUCUGUAAAGAAGUUGCACAAUCUCAAAGAUCACAUCAUACACCGGACAACCGACAGACGACGUGGAGUAAUUGAGGAUCUUCAUCUAGCCAUUGAAAUCUUUAUAGAGGCUCUGUUUGAUAUUGUUCAGAAGGCAGCACGCUGCCUUCUCUCACCGCUAGAAGUAAUCGCAAUACUGUGGAGAUGGUUUUUUCCUUGUAGCACUGGCAGUGAUGAUAUUCGUGGCAGCAGGUCGGAUGCCUCUGCUCCUGAGACUGAGCCAGCUGAAACUCAAAAUGGAACUUCCUUUCAUCAUUCUCUAAAUACAGAUGCUCGGACAUGUCAAGAUGUCAUAACUGAGCUCGGGUACCCAUAUGAAGCUAUUCAUGUCAUCACUGCUGAUGGCUAUGUGCUUCUUCUGGAAAGAAUCCCUAGACGUGAUGCCCGGAAGGCAGUUUAUUUACAGCAUGGCAUAUUGGAUUCAUCAAUGGGUUGGGUGUCUAACGGGGUUGUUGGUUCUCCGGCUUUUGCAGCCUUUGAUCAAGGAUAUGAUGUUUUUCUGGGAAAUUUUCGUGGUUUGGUUUCCCGUGAGCACAAUGAUAAGAAUAUUUCCUCACAACAAUAUUGGCGAUAUUCCAUCAAUGAGCAUGGAACUGAGGAUAUUCCAGCUAUGAUAGAGAAGAUUUACCAGGUUAAAACAUCUGAACUGAAACUUAGCCAGCCGGAGAUUAUGGAAGAGACAGACAACAACCAGCCCUUCAAACUUUGUGCUAUUUGCCAUAGCUUGGGUGGGGCUGCUAUGCUAAUGUAUGUGGUCACACGACAGAUUGAGGAGAAGCCCCAUAGGCUCUCAAGAUUAAUUCUACUCUCACCUGCCGGAUUUCAUCAUGACUCCAAUAUAGUUUUCACAUUAGUGGAGUAUUUCUUCCUUACAUUCGCUCCUGUAAUGGCUCCUCUUAUACCAGCCUUCUACAUUCCCACGAGGUUUUUCCGGAUGUUGUUGAACAAAUUGGCUCGGGACUUUCAUAACUACCCUGCAGUUGGAGGAGUGGUUCAAACCCUAAUGAGUUACGUUGUUGGCGGAGACAGCUCAAAUUGGGUUGGUGUGUUAGGCUUGCCUCACUACAACAUGAAUGACAUGCCCGGUGUGUCCUUCAAUUUGGCCCUUCACCUAGCACAAAUGAAGCGUUCCGGGAAAUUCAGAAUGUAUGAUUAUGGGAGUGCAUCUGCCAACUUAGACGUUUAUGGAUCUCCAGAGCCGUUGGAUUUAGGCGAGUACUACGGGUUCAUCAAUAUACCGGUUGAUUUAGUUGCUGGAAGGAAGGACACUGUAAUUAAGCCGUCGAUGGUUAGAAAGCAUUACAGACUAAUGAAGAAAUCUGGUGUGAAUGUGUCAUUUAAUGAGCUUGAGUAUGCCCAUCUGGAUUUUACGUUCUCUCAUAAUGAAGAACUCUUGGCUUAUGUUAUGUCCAGAGUACUGCUGGUGGAUCCAGAUCCGAAGCGGCAAGUAAGUGAAAAAAGCAUGAAGUUUAAGAGGAAAGGACAGUCUAGUAGCUAAGUUCUGAGUCGGAGAAUUUGGUUUUAGGAUUCUCCGUCACAUGUUUGUUCAUUUAUUAGGCACUUAAAAUCUGUUGUUGUAUUAUACCGGUGUGAAUAGUUGCGUACAGUAGAAAGCUACAUAUCGCGGUAAGCUUCCAUCUUGUUGUCUGCGGGAAGUUAACUGCUUGGGAUGGAAUGCCCAUUGAAGAUUUGUAACACACUUUAUACUCUGUAUAAACCAAUUCUAAUUGUGUGGUACUAUUUGUUUGCAUGAA